CACUUGCAUUUUUUUUUUCUGCUGUGCCAAGAUGGAGCCGUGCGAGACUUUCGCAGCGUUGAUGUGAGUCCCCCAUGGGUGUGAUUUCGCCCGCACGGGGUUUCGAUCAACGUCUCACGCGCUCCGGAAACACUUGACCAUCAUGGAAACCAGCGCCGGACUCAAGGACGGUGACGUACGGGCCGAAAAUGAAGCUCUCAAGCUGGAAUUGGAGCGGCUCCACCGCGAGCUCGCCCAGACCAGCCACGAAAAGAUCCAGUCGGCACAGUACGGUCUCGUCCUGCUGGACGAGAAACAGGCCCUGCAGCAAAGAUGCGACGAGCUCGAAUCCAUGUACGACACCACCAAGCACGAGAUGGAAAUACUUAAAGAGGCCCUCGCCAAGGUGCAAACAAGUCAGAAAGUGUCCACAACUACAGGCAUUGAACAGGAAGAGAGCCUUCUGCAGGAAACUGCGACCAAGGAAGCUUCACUCACAUCGUCUCUCCAGGAAUUGGAAAAGGAAUUGAAACAGGUUCGUCAGGAGCUCAGUCGGGUCCUGGCUGAAAAGGAGCGUCUUCAGAAUGAGAACUAUGAGAUCAUGAAGCACGGCGAUGUGUCAGACUGGGAGCGCAAGAACCUGCGCUCAGAGCUGAAGGACAUGAAGCUCAGGGAACAGAGGCUGCUCACCGACAACAACGAACUCGAGGAAGAGAACAUCUCUCUGCAAAAGCAGGUCUCGUCGCUGCGGUCGUCACAGGUGGAAUUCGAAGGCGCUAAGCAUGAGGUGCGCCGUCUCAAGGAAGAGGUGGAAUCGCUGAACGCCCAGCUCGAGGAGCUAGGCUCGCUGCGGCGCAUCGGCGAGCAGCAGCUCGAAGAAGCGUUGGAAGCGCUCCAGUCGGAGCGUGAGCAGAAGUACGCCCUCCGGAGGGAACUGGACCAGCGGCUCACGGCCGAGUCGCCCGUGUUCCACCUCGACGGGCUAUCCUUCGCGGGCUUCCGGCUUGGAAAUGCCAACCCAGAUGAGAGCAACCGUGUUGAAGAUGAGGAUGGCGACUCAGGUGCACCUGUGCUCAAACAAAUCGAGGCAGACUUCAUCAACCAACCUAUGGAGCAGAAAGGAGAAGGGUCCACGACCUGUCGGCCAUCUACAGUGGGUGACCUCUUCAGCGAACUGCAUCUCACUGAGAUCAGGAAACUCGAGAAGCAGCUUGAACAGCUUGAGACCGAGAAAGGCCACCUGUCAGGUGUCCUGGAGGAUGCCCAACAGCAACUGGAGAAGCUGCGCUCGAUACCCGGUGGAGACCAGAGGCUUGUCUUGGCAAGGCUCGUCGGUCCGAUUCGGGCCCUCAUUGCCCUGCAUGGCGAGGAAGUGGGCACUGACGGCGCUGAGAAUGGCGUGGACGAUGUGACCAGGCUUCAGAAGCUCCUCGACAAGCACGAACAGCGAUACCGCAAGGCUCUCCAGCAGAUCGCCCAGCUUCAAGCUGAGCUGGAUGGCAUGACUGAUGGUGUUGACGGCGAAGCAGACACCGUCAUGAGUGGCAAGCUGCGGGACGAGAUUGCGAACCUGAAGAACAAGGUUCACGAUUAUGAACAGAUCAUGGCCGAAAUAAAGGAGGACCUGAGCGUCGUCAGCGAAUUCACUGAUGAAACGCGCAACAGGCUCGGUGCUGCACAGGAGGAGCUCCUGGCAGUUUCCGAAGACCUAGCGCAACUGUACCACCACGUGUGCACUGUGAACGGCGAGACGCCGAGUCGUGUUGUUCUAGAUCAUGCAAAAGGCUCCCGGCCUGGUGAAGAAGGAGAAAGCCCAGCGGCCACCGAGGAUGCUCCCUCUACGGAAAAGGCGCCAUCCGACAGCUCUCCAAUCGAAAAGCUCAAAACAGAACUGUUCCGCCAGGCACUGCUUCGUGAAAACACAGUCGACCCAUCGCAAUGUGCCACGCUCAGCGAAACGCUUCGCGACCAAGUGCGGCACCUGCGCGUCGCCGUGGAGACAACCAUGGAGAUGGGGCGCAGCCGCGCUCCCCCGAUCGGCGACGGCAUGGCCGGCACCGUCGAGGAGGAAGAGCUCCAGGAGCAGGUGAUCAAGCUCAAGUCCCUCCUGUCGACGAAGCGGGAGCAGAUCGCGACCCUCCGCGCUGUGCUCAAGGCCAACAAGCGAACCGCCGAGGUGGCCCUCACCAACCUCAAGUCCAAGUACGAGACGGAAAAGGCAGUGGUCAGCGAGACCAUGACGAAGCUCAGGCACGAGCUCAAGUCACUCAAGGAGGACGCCGCGACGUUCGCCUCGCUGCGAGCGAUGUUCGCGGCGCGCUGCGAAGAGUACGUCGCUCAGCUGGAUGACCUCCAGCGGCAGCUCGCGGCCACCGAGGACGAGCGCAAGACCCUGAACUCACUGCUCCGCAUGGCGAUCCACCAGAAACUGGCACUCACACAGAGGCUUGAAGACAUGGAGAUGGACCGGGAGCGGUCCCACAUGCGCAGGCACACAGGCACGCCGCGCCGAGGUCCCUCACAGCAGAGUGGCUCGUCGGCACAGCAGCAGCAACAGCAGCAGAGAGGCAGUCCCCACCACUCUUCGUUGCCGUUCUUUGGUUACGGCGGCAGUCACCAGCGUAGGGACUACUGAAUGCGGGAAGCUGCGGCAAUGACCGACGGGCAAGUCGAGCUGCAUGCUCCGCACAGCGAUUGGACAGGUGCGGCGCCGGGACAGCCGCCUCGGCGAAUCGAAGCACGGCCAAAAGACAUGUUCUGCUUUUGCAGACGCGUCUUGCAGAACUUGCGGCUGCCCUUGGCUGUUGACAAACGGUUGCGAAGACACGAAAGGGAAACACCAGUCACGAGUAAUUCCCUUUACUGCGGCAGCUCACGAAAAAGCAGAAUCGGGAGCUCCUGCCAUUUUCAGUGGAAAUCUGGCAGAAACAUAACGCGAGAGCUUCCGAUACUGUUCCUUCCAGAAGCCACCGUUGAGACAAAGGACAACCGACAUGAGUUUUAUACCGAAACAGAGGCUUUAGGUGGCAUCCACUAUUGGGCGUUCCACAAAUAGGUGCGGCAGUCAUAGCCGCCGACUACAUUUUCCAAUCGGGACGAUGGUGUCAUCUUUUUCUGAGUGUUGAUUGGUAACUGUGGCUCUGCAAGAAGUCUUUGGCUUCCAAGAGGUUGUGCCAGUGUUUUCUGGCAAAGCUCGGUGCUCCCCCCUCCAUCGUCCCAAGUACGCGCGUCGUACUUUGACGAAGACUGAAACUACGCGUUUUAAUUUACACUUACGUCAACAUUCACGUGUGAGCACGGUCUAGCGAGAUGGACCCGUCCGGCAGCUCUUUCAAACCCUUCUGUUGGCAUGAUGGGAACGAGUGCAAGCAAAAAUAAGUGUGCUUUUUUACCAACGUCCCAAGGUUCCCAGUCAUGAAGAAUCUGUCCAAGGUGCGUCACUUUGCAUUCGGCGUUUUUCCGAAGUCUUGUCGUCGAGCAAGUCUCCGACAGUUUAUGCUGCGUUGAAACCAUUCUGGGCUGGCUACUUCGAGAAUUGUUUAAAAAGAAUCUUCACAAUGAAAAUUUGCCCCACGUUUGAAGCAGCUAUUUUUCACUCACACAGCAGCUAAGAAGUGUUUUUGCUAUUGUGUUGGGAUGUUGUGCAAAGCAGCUAGACGUCCACAGGACUGACAUUUCUUUAGAUCGGGCUUCUUUGGCAUUGUGUCAACCGACCCCGCCCAGCUGACUGAGCCACUCGGGCGCACUUUCUUCUUCGCAUGUUACGAUGGCCACUGCUAUUGCUGUUAAUAGGCUUACAUGAUGCGUACGCUUCGUGAGAAUGAAAUGUGUGGUGGGUUCGUACUUAAAAGGGGUGUCGGCGAGCUCAACAUUUUCGGGAGCUCUGGGUAGAUGGCUGCAGGCUUAUUGUGUGGCAUAUCCAGUUUUUGAUGUUAAUAUGGAAGCUCACGGUGCCGCCAAUCAGCCGUGUCGAUUCAAUGUGCAGUAUUUUUUAAGCAUGGAUAACAGGUAGCACUUAACGCCAGAAGGCACCCGCACCCUUCGAUUAUGUUUUAUUCCCGCGAGGAACACUUGAUGUCCGUGAGCGGCAAUCAGAGACGUUGAUAGGCAUACAAUUUUUAUUUUACUUGUCCCAUAUUGUGGAAUUGAGUGCAUUCCAAUGGAGGGGAGAGUUGGGGAGGGCCAAGGCUGAUGCCAAAGUGGUAUUUACAAGAGUGUGUGCUAAUUGUGCUAAUUCCUUUUAUAUUUACGUAGAUAGCAUGUGUUGCCAUUGUUGUCCGGUUUUAUACGCAACUUCAUGUGUUUCAAAAAUGAGUUUACUUUUUGGUUAGGUGCCUGUAGCAUUUCCAGUAUCUUUUUUUUUUGUGGGGCACUAUUUUGCACUGCCUGUGUACCACAAUUGGCAGUUUAUACCGUGCCCCCAGUAAUGAUUUCUCUAGUGACUCCCCGGCAUUACAUGGUGGCAGCUUACGUGCUACAGGCGACUGUACAGUGGUAGUCUUUGCCGUUUAUUUCUUUAUACACAUUCGCGCUAGCCAUAGCUUAGCUGCGCUAGUUUUAUAGAGUUUAUGAAAAGCAAAUGUAUUUUGUGUGCAGCGUGAAGAUAUCUUUUUAUGUCCGUUUUUAGCGCUGCUCAUUAGCACACUUUAAUUUUAGUGCGAUAAAAAAAAGUAUGCUGAAUUCCCCCGUCGGCUAAUAUUGUAACCAUUUAAUCAUAGGUUAUCUUGCGCGCUCGCUUCUAACAAACUGUUUGGAAAACGUGCAACACGUAUUGUAUGUCUGAUAGUUUCAAUUGAAGUAAGUUAUACCUCGUUAUGUGCUUGGCACCUCUUGUAGUUGGCAGUAUGCUUUGGUAUGAUUGGCACCGGCACACGUUCUCUGCGGACCGUUUCUCGUUUUGCGACGAUCUGUGCAACUGCAUUUGAAUGGUUUCUCUUUUCGGUACGGUCCCCUUCGCAAUCCGUUGCAGCUACGACUUUGAUUUCGAUCAGCUGCGCUCUCCUAGCCUAGUUAACCAAAAUGAAUUUUACCGAUGCCAACAACUGGAGCAACUACGUGAAUGUGUGCUGUGCGUGUAGUGGAACUAUUAAAAGUGCCUAACUACUGACUGUGCCUUCCCACGUCCCACCUCCCCCAAGUCUUUUUGAGUUUGUACAACUCGUUUUUUUUUCCUCUCCCUUUUUCCCCCCCGAGGCUUGAAUGAUGUGCAGUUGAGUGUUUCUAGAACGGCAGUGCUACUUGUUGUGAAGAAGAAAUGUACUGCUUUCCGGGACACAUCGUCGGCAGUGCUUCGUCUGGCGCUGCGCGCCUUUGUUGGAAACGUCGAAGAAAGAAGAUACCGUCUGGAGUUGGCCGUCCUGCCGUGUUUUUCUUUUUUGUCGUCGCAGGACCUGCCGACAAGUUUCGUCCAAAAUGUUUUUUUUUCUGUCACCGUCUCUCUCUCUCGGACUCUUCUUGAGAAGAACUGCUUGCUUUGGAGUGGUGUGUUUAUUUAUAUUUUAUGCAAAAUAAAAACUACAAGGUGCUUGU